AAUUGAUUUCUUCUGGAGAAAGAGAGAGGGAGGGGGCCGGGGUUAAAUGGGAGAAUCACCAUUCAAGCACGGCCGUCCGAAUGGUCGCACAGAGACAUUAAUAUCUAGAUAUUGAUCGUUGAAGCAACUUCUUCUAUAAAUGCUCCUCUAGCUAAUUACAACUUUACAAAAACCUUGCCAAUUUAGGCUUUUCCGGCCAGUAUCUUCUUAACUUCAUUUUGGAACUCUGCCAUGGCCUCCAAUAUGAGCUUGAAGACCCACGCGGUCAUCAUAUUCACCCUGGCUCUUUCACUUGCCCUCUUUGUGCAAGGCACUUUAGGCGGAAUAACAUGUGAGAAUCUAGAGCAGGACACAUGCGCGUUCGCAGUGUCGUCCUCCGGAAAGCGCUGCGUGCUCGAAAAGCAUGUGAAAAGGAACGGAGAGGAAGCGUACACAUGCCGUACAUCAGAAAUUGAGGCCGACAAAAUGAAGGAAUUGAUCGAGACUGACCAAUGCAUCAAAGCAUGUGGGCUCGAUCGGAAAACACUGGGAAUCUCAUCUGACUCUCUCCUAGAGUCUCGCUUCACCCAAAAGCUUUGCUCACCCCAAUGCUACGAGAGCUGCCCCAACGUUGUUGAUCUAUACUUCAAUCUUGCUGCGGGUGAAGGUGUGUUUCUUCCCAAAUUAUGUGAAACACAAACAAAUCCGCGGCGAGUGAUGUCCGAGCAGAUUCGCAGCUCUGGUUUUGUUGCACCAGGACCCGCAAUGCCUGCAAAGUUCCUGGUUGCACCAAUAGCUGCCCCAGCACUGGCACCACGCUAGGAAAAAAAAAAAUUAUAUAUGCUAGCUAGCUAUAAGCUGCACCAAGCCUUAAUUAGUAUUUAAUUAGGUUAUAAUUAAUAAUGAAGACGCACCAAGGGCUCAUGAGUAACUGCACUCAACUAUUAUGCAUUCCGGUGUGUGCAUUCGAGUUUGGUGUGGUAUAUAUUACGUGUGUUAUUCGGUUCAAUAAGGUCAUGUUCUGGAGAGAUAAGAGAUAGGAUAUAUUUGUAGAGACGGUGUACGUUGUGGCAUCAUAUAUUGUCACACGCUUUUGUGCUUUGUGAUAUGGUUUGGAACUGAAAUAAAUAAAGGUUUUUUAUUUGGCUGUAGGGUCCAAA